AUGACAACUCCGAUUUCCAGUCUCAAUAGCUUGUUUUCCUUCACAUCUCCCGCUGUUAAGCGUCUUCUUGGAUGGAAACAAGGCGAUGAGGAAGAAAAGUGGGCGGAAAAAGCCGUGGAUUCAUUGGUGAAAAAGUUGAAGAAAAAGAAAGGUGCCCUGGAAGCUCUCGAGCGGGCACUGAGCAACCCAGGUGAAAUUUCAGAGUGUGUUACUAUCCCGAGAUCUUUGGACGGUCGUCUUCAGGUCUCUCAUAGAAAGGGACUGCCUCAUGUAAUUUAUUGUCGGGUCUGGCGUUGGCCAGAUCUUCAAAGCCACCACGAAUUGAAACCCUUGGACUGUUGCCGGUUUCCCUUCUCCGCUAAAGAGAAUGAAGUUUGUAUCAAUCCAUAUCACUACAAACGUGUCGAAAGCCCGGGUAAGCGCAAAUUCUUUCUGGUGCAAAUAUUACUUAACACCAAAAUUUCAGCGUUAUCGCCACUGGUUCCGAUUUUGAAUUGUAUUGUGUACAACUUUUGCAAACACUGGGGCUCACAUUUCAGUUAA